UUAGCUAUUUUCAUUGAUACAGACUUGAUGUUAUAAUGUGUGUUAUUUUUAUUUUACGAGAGGUUUCAGGUCUAAAAAUAGCAUUUUUCUAUGCUGGACCAGUCUAUACCGUGAGCUCUGCGCAGACUCAGUAAGAGUCUAGAAGUAAAAACAUCAACACAAAUACAAAGUCAGCAGAAAAGUGUCUAAAAUCUCACGAUGGAAAAAAAGGUGGAAGGCUUUUUUACAGAUAAAGAACUGUAUGGAACUUGGAAGGUUACUGAAGCCCAUGUGUCAAAGAAUGAUACUGAAGAAUGCAUUGACAAUUUAGAAGGGAUUCAGUUUACUCUGCAAGAAGAAGACGAACUUGUAUGGGAAUUGACAUCGUCUGCGAAAAAAGAUCCGCUUCCAUUUUUCGCAUGCGAGACUUUCGAGUUUAUCUUCUCUGAUCAUAACACUGUGAAUGAGCUCCAGUUCUUCGGCAAGACCCCAGAGUGCUGGAUAGAAUUCAAGGUAUCUGGAAUACCAACAAAGUUGCUAUUAACUCAUGGCCGUUUUGAGCUUCUUUGCACUAAGGUGGUCACAACCUUUCUGGAUUCAGCGAUGGAACAUUUUAAUUUAUUAGGUGCAUUGAGGGAGGAAUUCUUCUCUGACUUAAGCCUCACUUCAGCAAAUGGUGAAGAAUUCCACGUCCACAAGACUGUGUUGUCGUGCACAUUUUUUAAGCAUGACUGGGAUACCGUACCGGAUUGUCUGUUAGGCCUGCCAAGCGAUGUCCUUGGCGCCCUACUACACUUUAUGUACAGUGGAAAUCUCCCUAAGGAUAUCACAGAGAAAACAUUGAGCAAAACCCUAAGUGUUGCAUCAAGUGUUCCUGAGCUUGAACAUUUAUCAGAGCUGUGUAGUUACUUUCUGGAAGCAAGUGCAGUAAAAAAUAAGAUCAAUGGCCUUUUGAAAGAACUUGACAAGUCCUUAGCAACCAUCGUCAAGGAGGUUCAUGAGUUGUGUCCUUCCUCUAGCCACUCACCCUUGGCAGGCCAUGACGCGUUUGGCCUUAGUAGGAUUUACAGUACAGUCAAGGCGGUUACCAUGGAGAUGGCAAUAGCAAGCUUACGGUUUGUGCUGCUAUGUGAUGUCUUCACACAGAGAAAGUCUGAACUCAACCACGAAGAGCGUCAUGCCCUUUUCAAGGAUGUGAAAGCAAGGAUGGCUGCAUGGUCUCAACAGCUUCUCUCUGCUCUUGUUUGCCUGCGUGAUUGGUUGAGUCGACUGGCAGAGGGGCAGAAAUGUGAGAUUGCUAAAUACCUGCUUCCAGAGAUUGAAAGUGUAUGGGAGACCAUAACGUUGCUAGGCAACAAGACUCGCAGUAGUUUGGACCAGAUUUUGCAGAGUACUGACAAGGAGAGGGAAGAACGCAAAGCGAACCACAGCAGCACAGGGAAGGGAAACAAACUGGGUAGAGCCCUUAGAAAUGCAAUUCAUAUAAAAGAGCUGACCAUUUUAAAAAAGUUACAGAAAAAGGCUACAGAAACUUUCACGUUUAUCAUAGAUAUAAGAGAGGACUUUAUAACAUUCGACCAAGACCACAAAAUCCGCUUGAUUGUGAAGUCGAUUAACAAAAUAUCAGCUGAGAUCCCCUACUACAUUCGUCUACUGGAGCGUUUUCCAAACUCCAAGAAGCUGAGCUUUAAAGAAUGGAAGUACUUUUUUAAAGUUGGAACUUCAAAAGCUUCUUGGAUGUUAGGUCGAGCAAAGCAAAACACGCCCGCGCUACAACCGCUGGUACAGACGUCACGUGACCUUGUCAACCAAGACAUGUUCAACGAACUCCUGUCACAACUCGGGCUUGUCAGAGACGGGGGAGAGCAGUAUAUUCCUGGGGGUACUACACAGGAAACAUCGUCUCUUUCCACGAACAAAACUUGCUCCCCUACUACCCCUCCCCCAGGGUUUCCUGUCCCUCUCGCCCAGGCUGUGGCCCGUCUCCUUGAGUCUGGUGAGCAUGCGGACAUGACUUUCUUGGUCAGCGAUUCAUCGUUACAAGACACAGACAGCACCCUAGACUCUCGGACCAAUCAGAAAGCAGCUGUGUCAUGUGUCGAACAAAUGAAAAGUUUAAAAGUGGAAGACGAAAGAGAGACGAGUAGCCAGGCCUGUUGUGUCUUGAGCGAGGGAACUGGAAAUGGCUAUGUGGAGCUUAGAGCGCAUCGUGUCAUUCUUGCGGCGCGUUGCGAUUGGUUUAGACGGGCACUGACAAGUGGUAUGAAGGAAUCAAUAGACAAAAAAAUAUCCAUCCCAUUUACAAACCCAGCGCUGUUUAAGUGUUUCCUGUGUUCUUUAUACCGUGGGAACAUGGAAACUAGUACUAUGACCACAGAGCAGCUUGUGGAUAUGCUGACCAUAACAGACAGAUAUGAGGUGGAUUCUCUAAAGCAAGCUUGUGAGGCAGCCUUGAGUUCCCGGAUGACAGAGGAGACAGCUCUAUUCCUUUUCGGCCUUGCGGACCAAUACAAUGCCUUCUGUCUUAAGGAAGAUGCGCUGAAGUUUAUCAGAGAUAAUUGUCACUUGGUAUCGAGUGAUGAGUAUGAAGAUUUAGCCCCACAUCUGCAGCGAGAGGUCACAGAUAUGCUUGAGGAGAACAUGUGUAGCAGUCAUUCCGUGACAGAAGAUGUACGGCAAGCCUUUGAGGUGUCGCGGUCCGAAGAGUUCGAUCGGGCGUUCCCGCCGCCAGGACAGGAAGCCCAAGAGACUCGAAUGGAGGCCUGUAUUCGGGCUCUAACAGACAUCCUUGGUGAAGUGCCAAGAAGGGAACUCAUCCGAGUCACGCUAGCAGCAGACUUUGACGUAAACAGAGCUUUGAAUUUUUACUUUUCAUAGUUCUUCGGCUGUCGGUUAAAUGCGGAGUAUCCGGAGUGUAGAAGGUGCUCCCAUUGUCACGCUUGCCCACUAGCUAAGGGGGAGGCGUGCGUGACAUUAAGAGCGGCUGCUAAGCAGACUACGUAGUGUGGGGGAGCGGAGUUAUAUGGAGAGCUGAUAUUCACUCCAGGAUAGCAAUAAUAAUAAGUUUCUUCAGGCUGCGUUUCGUAAACGCAGCAAGAUUUCCCGAGCAACGGAUUUUUGCUUUUCUCUUCUAUUAGGAACCAUUAUUACUGAUACGACCUUGAGAUGAAGUUUA